AACCCUUGAAUUUUGUUGAUACUUUAAGGGGGUGAACAGCUGUCUACAAGCUGCACAACAGGGUCAUUUCAAACCUAUUUUGCCGCACUUUGGAAGGAGUUAUAUGUAUAGAACCUGCAUUUAUUCAUCUCACAACAAACAAGUCUGCACUGAAGAUUAAAAUGGUGUGASAACUGCCCAAAUCCAGUGUGACAGACUUUAUACAGAAAGAUUCAGCCAGAUAUAUCCUCAGUAUCCUCAGUGAAGAUGGACAACUCACCCCRUUUGUACGUUUCUGAACUUGAAGACAGUGAGGGUGUACAAGAAGAACCAGACACGAGAUGUGAUCACAWAAAMMCCCCAAAUCAAGAUGUGGAAAGAGACUCGUUUUUCUGCCAAGACUGCAAGAGAUACUUUACCAGCAGACAAAGCCUGGAACAACACAUGCACAGCCAUGUUUUUAUGAACGGUGAGGCACAUGCGUUCAAAAGCAGCUCUUUAACCUCUUCUAGCACCAAUACUUCAACUUCUUCAGCAAGUGGAGAUCACAGUGAUCAGCAUCAUAUUCCUGAAACAUUAGAAGAGCAUCAUGCUUACACAUAUGCUGAGAAGAUAUUCACAACAAAUGCCAACAAGCAGCAACACGAGUGCAUUGUCCAUGAUGACCCACYGGAACUCAUGCAUGAUGAGCAAACCAAGCUGCAACCCGAGGGAAUUUUUCAGCCACUACCCAAUGAAUCACCUCAACACCAUUCACUGCAUGCUGAGAAAACGGCAUCCACAUCGCUUCUAAAGAAUGAACAAGUAAAUGCAGAAAAAUACAUGUCCGAUUUGCCUAAUAUUUCAGAGAAUCUCAGCUUUUACAUUGAUGGAAAGUUAGUGUCAACAAGCAUGGUCAGUAGCUGUGAAGUAGCUGAGCUUCAGGCUGGUACUUCACCUUUAAUUGGAYUGGAUGCCCUGAUUGUAGACCCUGUCCAGAUCAGUCAGGUUUUAAAUGCAGAUACAGAAAUACCUAGUCUACAGCAAGGCAAGAGAAGAACGACAACACCUCCUCUUUUACCACAAAUUAAUUCUGAAUUGGAAUCUGAGGUGGUGGUGUCUUCAUUCUCUUCAUCUCUUGUUUCUUCUUUAAUAGAUAAUCUCUUCCCUCAGAGUUCAGAGGCUACACUUGUGCACAAGGAAAGAACAGUAUUCCUGUCACCAAAACUGAAGCAGCUCCUUGAGAAGCAGGAGGUUCUUAAACCUACAGUCACCCUAAUCACAGAUGGCCAAAAUCCAUCCUCACCUGUUUCCCUCUCUGUUCUACCCUCUGGGACGGGAAGGUUUAGGAGAAGAACCAGCUCUCCAACAGGCUUGAUGCAUCAAAUUUCAACAAGUGAAGAAACGUCAGAGCCCGAUUCUGAAGAUUUUAGUUCUGGAAUUGCACAGCAGAUUGAUCGCUCACCUGUGCAACAAAUGUUCAAUGAAAACGAUCCGACUYCCUCUUCAGCGGUGCAAGAAGUGAAACCUGUUCUGUCAGAAAGCUGGCCGCCUGUAACUGGUGGUAAUUCUUGUAACCAAAAGCCUCUGGAUCUCUCUAAYACAGUCAAAAGAAAUGAAGACGUGGCUUCAGGUGAUGCUGCUUUAGAUUUGAGCUUGCAAAGAAAGAGCUCAGGUGAAUCUGGACUAACAUUAGAUUUGGUUUCUCAAGCAGUUUUGAAAGGAGAGUCAAAUACAUACAUGGUGGAAAAAGCCUUAGUUAAGACCGGAGAACAAAAAAUAGACCUGGGGAAUCCUUUGACUCCCCUGGUUACAGACUUUACUUUUGUCACAGGUUCAGAUGUUGUUGGCCCACUGGAGCAUGUUGCAGAGGGUCUUGUUUAUGGACUUGCCAUACCUCCUAAUACUCUUACUUCAUCAGCUGCUUCACUGACCCCUGUUGCCUUGGAGCCUGCUUCACCAUGCACCAUAGCAUUUGCUUCCCCACUUGCACACAAUGUCCUUCCUACUGCUCCCUCAGUAAUUACGGUUUUGGCCCCACCUUCAUCUAUUUCUAACCCCUCAAACCAACCAAUUCAAGUAUUAACGCCAACUUUAUCUCACGAGCCUUUGGUAAUCUGUACAGAAAAUGCAUUAAAUUCUUCAGAUUGUGAUUUAACCACUGCAUUUGCUUCCACCAACCCUGCAAGCAUCGUCACUCUUUCCCAACCAAUCGACCCAACUCUUAACCUACCUGGCCAUGUGUUCCUCACUGAUCAAAUUGCGCUCAAUCCACCUGUGGUUGAAUCCAGUUCUGGGACACAAGUACAGUUCCCAUCAGCUGUAACCCUAAAUGAUUCCCUACUCAACAUUGCCAGAAACACAGUGUUAAUUGAGUGUACAAUAUCUCUCGAAGCCCCAGGAAGUGUUGUUCCUCCUGCAGUUACUGUACAAGACAAUGCUGCUGAACCUCCAGUAUCCACUGAGAUGAUGGUUAAUCACACAGAACAGCAACAAACUGUGUCUGUGCCCAACCCUCAAACUGUGGAUCACACUAUUCUUGUAUCUUCUGUCACAGAAUCUGUAGCUCUCUCCAAUAACACUGAUGUGGUAUCUGAUUCUCCUACUGCAGAUGACUCAAAUCCUGACCCACAGCCUGUUGAGAGUACAAACCCACCGACCAAAAAAGAGGAGGAAGCAGCUGACAGUACUGUUUCCACAUCAGAAAUGCCACCUGCAACCUCUCCUCCUCACCCUCUUCUUGAAAAAGCCGAUGAAGAGUCAUCAACCAACACAGGAAACGAUCCACAAAAGCAGACGUUCGCCAAAAAUUUUGUCUGCAACGUGUGUGAUAAGCUUUUUCAUUCAAUGAAGGAACUCGGACAUCAUGUAGUGAACCACGCUGACGAAUGGCCCUACAAAUGUGAGUUCUGCGUGCUGCUCUUUGGCAAGCCUUCCGAUUUGCUCGACCAUCGAUCAAGCCUCCAUGGCGUUGGGAAGACUUACGUUUGCAGUGCGUGCACAAAAGAAUUUGUCUACCUUUGUAAUCUGAAGCAGCAUCAGGAAGAGUUGCAUCCUGGCCAACAGUGUUCACACACAGAGGAAGAAAAGGGAAAAUUGAGACCUCAGAACUAUAACAACUCGACUAAAGUGAACUCAGAUCCUUUAGUUCUAAAACACCUUGAGGAACCCAAGAAACUGGUGAAAAAGGAAGAAUGUGAAGUUGGCGUGACUGCCGACGAGGUGUUGACGACGAUUAAGACCAUGGCUUCAGAUGGGAGCAAAGUUAAAGGGCCUGAUGUUCGUCUGGGCAUAAACCAACACUACCCCAGCUUCAAGCCGCCUCCUUUUCCUUAUCAUAACCGAUCACCUGCUGGAUCACUUGCUUCAGCAACAAACUUUACCACCCACAACAUCCCACAAACCUUCAGUACAGCUAUUCGAUGCACCAAGUGUGGAAAUAGCUUUGACAACAUGCCAGAGCUGCACAAACACAUCUUGGUGUGUGCAAAUGCAAGUGAUAAAAGACGAUACACGCCUCGAAAAAACCCUAUCCCUUUACGGCACUUUGCAAAAACUCAAAAUGGAGUGCUUUCUACUACUAACUCUGCUAAUGGACUAAACAAUGUCAGUCAGACAAGCAGGGCCAAACCAAGUCAGGAAUCACCAAUAAAGCUUAAAAUACUGAACAAAAGGAAGAAAAAGUUGGUUCAAAGAGUCAUGCCACAAAGAAACAAGUCAGUCCCAUCUUCAAAUAAAAUGUCACCUACGCAGGUGGCCGAGCCACAGGAAGUCUUUGUCUGCCCACACUGCAGCAGGGAGUUCACAAUGCGCCGCAGCCGAACCAAACAUGCGGUUGUCUGCCCUAAGAAACCAAAAGAAAAGAAGAAACGGAAAGAAGGUGGGAUUUCCUUCACAAAAGAAAAUGAUGAACACUUGCAAAGAGGUCUUUCUCAUGUGAAGGAGAAGAAGCAAUCAUCACCUCAGCAUAACACAAGACUCCAGACAUCUAUAUCUGCAAAGAGGCCCGCUGUUCUGCCAGUGCAAACUGUCUUCUCCAGCAAAAGAAGUAAAAUCAUCAUAAAAGAGGGCACACAGGCCAAAGAGGAGGCAUCCACUUUCUCAGACGUUCCCAUUCGCACUUUCAACCCCUCCAUGCGGCAGUACAGCAGAGUGCAGCAUGGCAUCAAAGGAGUUCCCAUUAAAAUCACCAUAGUGAAGCCUCGGCAGAGCGUACCACAGAAAGACGAGCCCCCUCCCACGCACAGUCGAGAGGAAGCAACUGGAACCACUGCCAGCCGCUCAGAGCAGAACAUUAUGGCUUGACGACGCCAACAAUCAACCUGGAUAAGCAGGACUUUGCUGUAUGAAACUCCUGUUCUGAAGAGAGGAAACUGGUAACUUGGUCACUACACUGUAAACCCAGCGGACUUGUAGGCUAUAUUAUAUUGUAAAUUAAUUUAAAACUGAAUCAAGAGAAAAAAAUAAUAAAGCUACCACAGUGAGUGAGUGUACAGGUGGGUGAAUGCCGUUCAGGUAACUUGACAUGUCAAGAAUUGUUUUUCUUUGUUAAGUUCACUUGACAUGUUAAUGGCUUGGACUUGCACUUGAAGUUAACCUGACUGCUACAGAAUUGAAAAGAGGUAGGGAAGGACUGAGCAGCUCUCAUUUGCUACUUGAUGGGUGGUUUGUAGAACAUGGCAGUCACUUUUGGCAUGCAUUUGCACUUUUUUGUUUUUUAAUUUGUAGUUAUUUUGUGGCCUUUUGGUUCAAGCUCUUACUGCAUGCUGUCUGUGAGCUGCUUYUGCAGCUGCAUUGAUUUAAGAUGGAUUAUGUUGAUUCAGUUAGCUCCCCAACACAGAAUCUAGUCAAAAGCUUUUGAUUUGUUAAAAGAAAGCACAUGGAAGGCAUGUCUCAAAUACAAAAAUGGAAAUGAAGUUGAUGGUUUUCUAAGCACGACAUUGCAGAAUCGAGGAAAAGUAAAGUCCUGCCAAGCAUGGCAUUUUAAUUUGUUGUUUAGAUAUAAUGAUGGAAAUUAGAUUGACAUAAUUAUGAAUGUAACGUUUACUAAAAGUAAUGCUAUAGCAUUUUUCAUUAUGGGUCAACAUGUUUGAAUUUUGAAUAUAAUAUCUAGGUGCCAUCAGAUUAUUAUGACAGGGCAAAAAUUUAGCAUGAAAGUAGUGGAAAUUGGAACAUUUGUCAGCAUUUCUCAGACAAAGACAUCAUUGUGCUUUAAUCCAAUCAUUUCUUCUAAAAUGUAUAUGCAAAUUUAAUCAGAUUUUUUUCACAUGUAGAUUKUUUUCUCAAUUUUGGCUUUACAUGCCACCAUAAAUCAAAUUUUCUCUACCUGAGAAACCUACAUUUGAUUGCACUGCAAGCCCAAAGAAAAGUACUAUGUUCAGUUUCUGUAAAGCUGGCUGCACUGUGGGCAGAGUCAGUCUCCGUGUGUGGACGAAGCAUUUCAWCUAAAAACCUGAUCCAGUCGUUCAGCUUGUUUUGCUGCUUUUGUUUUGCACCUCGUCCUGCAACUGUUCAUUAAACUUUUGAUUUGUGGUGUUUGUCCCAAAUCAGUGAUUAGAAGAAUAAUCUGUUAGUACUUUUGUGUUCGAAUCAUUUUCAUCUGUGCCAUCCAAGCACUUCGUUGUUGCUUCUGGCAGUUGGUCUAAGUUUAAUGUGAGAAUUGUUUUUCCAACACCUCAAAAUGAGUGGAGGAAUAUUAUUAUAUAUAUUUUUUUGUUGAGUUAACAUUCGUUGCACUCUGUAACAAAUCACACAGCGUUUUGUUUUAUUUAAUUUUUAUGAGCUGUACGUUUAAAGAAUAUGCGCUACACAGGGUAAUUAUUGCUUUGAGAUUUUGUUCAUUUUGUCAGAAUAAAAACUGACCRUGGUCUGUGACCGUUCAGUGGUACUGCUAUUGUUUUUUUGCCUUUUCAGUCCCUGCUGGUAAUUUUUCUUUAGUUGUGACUGCAACUCGUUGGAAGUACAGGAUGGAUUGAGAGACUCUUACUUAACUGUGAAAAGUGCUUGUAGCAUUUCAAAGUGUAAAUUGUCUCAUGUAUAUUUAUUAAUAAUUUAAAAUCAUGUUAUCAGUCUCUGUAUGAUUUGCACUAAAGUUUUUUUUCUUUUUCAAGCAGGUGUUAAGAAUAAAUGGCAAAUGUUAAAAGCUCA